GCCACUUCUUCUCUCCCAAGUUACGAGGAAUCACCGGGACCGGGUGCGCGAGACAAGACCCCGAGGGAGAGACGUCUGAUUUAGUCUCUCUGAAAGGAAAUACUUGGGGAGGUUUAAGAGGAACCAAGCGCAGCGUGCCGAGUGCUAGUUCAGCACUCUUCAGGUCCAGUGGAGAGAUGUCUGUCUCCACGCAGCUGGGUCUGCUGUUAUGGAAGAACUUCACAUACCGACGCAGACAAACGCUCCAGCUGCUGGUUGAGAUCGUCUGGCCGCUCUUCAUCUUCUUCAUCCUCAUCGCCGUCAGACUCAACUACCCUCCCUACGAACAGCACGAAUGUCACUUUCCGAACAAGGCCAUGCCGUCGGCAGGCACGUUGCCAUGGAUACAAGGCAUCGUGUGUAACGCUAACAACCCCUGCUUCCGCCACCCUACGCCAGGGGAGUCGCCCGGGGUCGUCGGGAACUUCAACGACUCCAUCAUCUCCCGGUUGUUUACGGAUGCCAAGAAGAUUCUGCUGUACAGCCAGAGCGACCGCAGCCUCGACAGCUUCCACGACCUCUUCAACGCACUCCGGACCCUGCAGAACAACUCAGAAGGGUUCCGGCUGAAAGAUUUCCUGCGUGAUGACGAGACCCUGUCGACAUUCCUGGCCCAUAAUGCAUCACUUCCCCAAGAUGUCGUCAAAGAGAUCAUAGAGUCAGAAGUCAACCUGGAGAAGGUGCUGGUGAAGGGUCUGGGUGUGCAUCUGAGGGAUAUGUGUAACGCCUCUCAGCUGCUGGAGGAGUUCGUGCUGAUCUCCAAUCGGAGCUCCUCGUCGCGCGUACACACACUCCUCUGCUCACACACACACCCCUGGCUCAACCAGGCCGAGACGCUCUUCCUAGACAACCUGGACUUCCUUAAGGCCCUGAGGUCUGAUAUAAGGGCAGACCCUGAAGAUCUGAAACAGGUUGCCAAGGCGACGGAUAAUCUCCUGGAAAGUCUGGGGGCACUGGCCGUGGAGUUGGCCAGCAUGCGCAGUUGGAGCGACCUGCGCAACGAGAUCCUGUUCCUUACCCAGAAUGCCACUGGGUCUCCUCAGCAGAUGUACGCGGCGGUGUCCCGUAUCGUGUGCGGCCACCCGGAGGGCGGCGGCCUGAAGAUCAAGAGCCUCAACUGGUACGAGGACUCCAACUUCCAGGCCCUCUUCAGUAACCACGGCGGCAACAGCAGCGAAGACGAACACAUGUCUAGUUACGACAAUACAUCGACUCCCUACUGUAACAGUCUGAUGAGGAACAUGGAGGCGAGCCCCAUCUCCCGUAUGAUCUGGCAGGCCCUGAAGCCCCUGCUGAUGGGCAAGAUCCUAUACACACCCGACACCCCCGCUACCCAGACCAUCAUCAAGGAGGUGAACCGUACGUUCCAGGAGCUGGGCGUGCUUCGUGACCUGGGGGGCAUGUGGGUGGAGAUGAGGCCCAAAUUCUGGAACUUCAUGGAGGACAGCGAAGAGGUCAACCUGCUCAGGGCCCUGCUAAAGAAUAACGCCUCAGCGCGCUUCUUUAAGUACCACCUUGCGGGCACCGCCUGGACCGUGGCCGACAUCUCCAGCUUCCUGUCCAAACAUUCCGAAGACCGCCGCCCACCUGGCUCCGCCCUUACCUGGAGAGACAUCUUCAACGAGACCGACCAGGCCAUCACCAGCAUCUCCAGGUUUAUGGAGUGUGUGAAUCUUGAUAAGUUGGAGCCGGUUCCGUCGGAGGAGAAGAUGGUGAAUGAGUCGAUGGUUCUGCUUGAGAACCGGAAGUUCUGGGCGGGGCUUGUGUUCCCCGACAUUCCGGCCAAUAGCACGCAGCUCCCCGCACACGUGCACUUCAAGAUCCGCAUGGACAUCGACAACGUGGAGCGCACCAACAAGAUCAAAGACGCGUACUGGGACCCUGGACCCCGAGCCGACCCGUUUGAAGACAUGCGCUACGUGUGGGGCGGCUUCUCCUACCUGCAGGACAUCGUGGAGCACAGCAUCAUACGGGCCAUCACCAACACCACCGACAAGACUGGAGUCUACAUACAACAGAUGCCUUACCCAUGCUAUGUGGACGACAUUUUCCUGCGUGUGAUGUCGAGGUCGAUGCCUCUGUUCAUGACCCUGGCCUGGAUGUACUCUGUAGCCGUCAUCAUUAAGAGUGUGGUCUAUGAGAAGGAGGCGCGGCUUAAGGAGACGAUGCGCAUCAUGGGAUUGGACAACGGCAUCCUGUGGUUCAGUUGGUUCAUCAGCAGCCUCAUACCGCUACUGGUCAGCGCUGGCCUACUGGUGCUACUGCUGAAGAUGGGUAACCUGUUGCCCUAUAGUGACCCCGGCGUGGUCUUCCUCUUCCUGGGCUCCUUCGGCGUGGUGACCAUCAUGCAAUGCUUCCUGAUCAGCACGGCGUUUGCGCGCGCUAACCUAGCGGCCGCCUGUGGGGGCAUCAUCUACUUUACGCUCUAUUUGCCCUACGUGCUGUGUGUCGCCUGGGAGGAGUACAUCGGCUUCGCUGCUAAAGUCGUCGCCAGCCUGUUGUCUCCGGUAGCGUUUGGCUUCGGGUGCGAGUACUUUGCCCUAUUCGAGGAGCAGGGUACGGGUAUCCAAUGGAGCAACCUCCUGGACUCCCCUCUCCGCACGGAUGACUACAGCCUCAGCACCUCCCUGCUCCUCAUGUAUAUCGACUCGGUCAUCUACGGCCUGCUGACCUGGUACAUCGAGGCCGUGUUCCCCGGCCAGUACGGUAUCCCCAGGCCCUGGUACUUCCCCGUCUCCAAGUCCUACUGGCUCGGGGAGAAGCAGACGCAGCAAGGGGCAGGUGGCGCCGCCCCACAGGCUCGGAGGGGGAACAAAGCAGCGGUGUGUAUGGAAGAGGAGCCGGUGCACCUGCCGCUGGGUGUGUAUAUCGAGCAGCUGGUGAAGGUCUAUCGCCACGGCAGGAAGUUAGCGGUGGACGAACUCUCACUCGGCUUCUACGAGGGACAAAUCACUUCCUUCCUCGGACACAACGGAGCUGGAAAGACCACCACCAUGUCCAUCCUGACUGGCUUGUUCCCGCCCACCUCUGGCACUGCCUACAUCCUGGGCAAAGACAUCCGCUCGGAACUCAGCGCCAUCAGACAGAGUCUAGGGGUUUGCCCCCAACACAACGUACUGUUCAGCAUGUUGACAGUAGAGGAGCAUAUCUGGUUCUAUGCGCGUCUGAAGGGCCUAUCAGAAGAGAGCGUGAAGUCGGAGAUGGAGCAGAUCCUGAAUGACACGGGACUACCUCACAAGCGCAAGUCUCGCACCAGCGCUCUCUCAGGGGGUAUGCAGAGGAAGUUGUCGGUGGCGUUGGCGUUCGUGGGCGGUUCCCAGGUGGUGAUCCUGGACGAGCCCACGGCUGGAGUCGACCCCUACGCUCGCCGAGGCAUCUGGGACCUGCUCCUCAAAUACCGCGCCGGACGCACCAUCAUCCUCUCCACACAUCACAUGGACGAGGCAGACAUACUGGGUGACCGUAUUGCCAUCAUCUCCCAUGGGAAGCUGUGCUGCGUUGGCUCCUCCCUGUACCUGAAGACGCAGCUGGGGAGCGGCUACUACCUGACGCUGGUCAAGAGAGACGCUGAGCCCUCGCUCAGCUCCUGCAGAAACUCAGCCAGCUCCGUCUCCUACAGCAAGAAGGAGGAUGGUGGUUCUGACAGCAGUUCUGAUGCCGGUCUGGGUAGCGACCAGGAGAGCGAAGCAGCCACCGCUAUUGUGGAGCCUGUGGCGCCCCCGGUGGAUGUGUCUGUGAUCAGCAGUGUGAUCCUAAAGCAUGUGUCUGGUGCGCGCCUGGUGGAGGACCUGGGUCAUGAGAUCACCUUCGUCCUGCCCUACGCCUCCGCUAAAGAUGGUGGCUUCGUAGAACUCUUCCACGAGAUGGACGACCGACUCAACGACCUCGGAAUAUCCAGCUACGGAGUGUCAGAUACGACACUGGAAGAGAUCUUCCUGAAGGUGGCUGAGGACAGUGGUGUGGACACAGAGGAGAUCGUGUCAGACGGUACAUUGCCGGUACGUAGGAGGCGUCGCCAUGCGUUUGGAGGCGGAGACCACCAGAGCUGCCUGAGGCCCCACACUGAGGAACACCACGACAACGAAUCAGACGCCGACCCAGAAUCUCGUGAGACGGACUGGUUGAGUGGGACCAAUGGGAAGGGCUCGUACCAGAUCCAGGGGUGGAGCCUAAUCCAACAGCAGUUUGCAGCCCUCAUGUGGAAACGUUUCCUCUACGCUAGACGAUCACGCAAAGGAUUCUUCGCACAGAUCGUGUUGCCUGCUGUGUUCGUGUGUAUUGCCCUGGUCUUCAGUCUCAUCGUGCCCCCAUUUGGUAAAUACCCCAGCCUGGCCCUGCAGCCCUGGAUGUACGAAGAACAGGCCACCUUCAUCAGUAACGACGCCCCUGAGGAUGCCAGUACCCAAAGACUCUUGACCUCGCUCGUGGACGGGCCCGGGUUCGGAACUCGCUGCAUGGACGACGAACCAAUCCCGGGUGUGCAGUGCACCAUGGGCGACGAGGACUGGACGGUGCCCGAGGUUCCGGAGAGCGUUCUAGAACUCUUCUCCUCUCAGAACUGGACCAUGGACGACCCCUCCCCCUCCUGCGAGUGCAGUUGUGAUGGCAACAAGAGGAUGCUCCCAGAAUGCCCUGCAGGAGCCGGAGGACUGCCCCCGCCACAGAUUAAGAUGAGUGCCUUGGACACGCUGCAGAAUCUGACGGGCAGGAACAUCUCCGACUACCUGGUGAAGACCUACGCACAGAUCAUCGGCAAAAGCUUGAAGAAUAAGAUCUGGGUCAACGAGUUCAGGUACGGAGGCUUCUCAUUGGGCGCCCGCAGCACUCAGGUCCUGCCCCCUGCUGAAGAGAUCGACGACGCGAUUGGUCGGGUGCGCGAGAUCUUCCACCUGCAGAAAGGUUCCGGAACCGCGGCCGACAGAUUCCUUCGCAGCCUGUCAGCCUUCAUCAACGGCCUGGACACCAAGAACAACGUCAAGGUGUGGUUUAACAAUAAGGGUUGGCACAGCAUGGCGGCGUUCCUGAACGUGAUGAAUAACGGCAUCCUGCGCGCCAACCUGCCGGCGGGCAAAGAGGCCAGCCAAUACGGCAUCACCGUCCACAACCACCCCCUCAACCUCACCAAGGAGCAGAUAUCACAAGUAGCACUUGUGACCACCUCAGUAGAUGUGCUGGUGUCUAUCUGUGUGAUCUUCGCCAUGUCCUUCGUGCCGGCCAGCUUCGUGGUCUUCCUGAUCCAGGAGCGCGUCAGCAAGGCCAAGCACAUGCAGUUCAUCAGCGGAGUGCAGCCCCUACUCUACUGGACCGCCACCUUCAUAUGGGAUAUGUGUAACUACAUAGUGCCUGCUACGUUGGUCAUCGUCAUCUUCAUCUGUUUCCAACAAGACGCCUACGUCUCCUCCACCAACCUGCCCGCCCUCGCACUACUACUACUGCUAUACGGGUGGUCCAUUACUCCCCUGAUGUACCCCGCCUCCUUCUUCUUCACCAUCCCCUCCACUGCCUACGUGGUCCUCACCUCCGUCAACAUCCUCAUCGGCAUCAACGGCAGCAUCUCCACAUUCGUCAUGGAGCUGUUUGGAGAUAAUGAGAUUGGUGGCAUUAAUGACAUCCUGAAGAAUGUCUUCCUGAUCUUCCCGCACUUCUGUCUGGGCCGCGGCCUCAUCGACAUGGUCAAGAACCAGGCCAUGGCAGACGCCCUCGAGCGCUUUGGUGAGAGCCGGUUCCGCUCUCCUCUGGACUGGGACAUGGUGGGCAAGAACCUGUUUGCCAUGGCCAUCGAGGGAGCCGUCUUCUUCAUCAUCACCAUCCUCAUCCAGUACCGCUUCUUCUGCAAACCCAUCUCUCUGAGUGCGAAGCUGAGGCCGGUGGGGGAGGAGGAUGAGGAUGUUGCUAAGGAACGCCAUCGCAUCGUCAGCGGAGCCGGACAAGGAGACAUUCUGGAACUUCGGCAACUCACUAAGGUGUACAAUAAGAACCAGAAGCCAGCUGUGGAUCGACUGUGUGUGGGCAUUCCACCUGGAGAGUGUUUUGGUCUAUUGGGUGUCAAUGGGGCGGGGAAGACCAGCACCUUCAAGAUGCUGACGGGAGACUCAGCAGUGACCAGCGGAGAGGCCUUCCUAGCCGGCAAGAGUAUCCUGCGUGAGAUAGACGAGGUGCAUCGCCACAUGGGCUACUGUCCCCAGUUCGAUGCCAUCCAUGAACUGCUGACCGGCCGGGAACACCUGGAGUUCUACGCCCUGCUCAGAGGAGUACCAGAGGACGAAGUGUGUGACGUGGCUGAGUGGGGCAUCCGUAAGCUGGGGCUGGUGAAGUACGUGGACAAGGCCGCCGGCAGCUACAGUGGAGGCAACAUGAGGAAGCUGUCGACUGCCAUGGCCCUCAUAGGGGGACCACCUGUAGUCUUCCUGGAUGAGCCGACUACAGGUAUGGAUCCGAAGGCUCGUAGAGCUCUGUGGAACUGCAUCCACAGUGUCAUCAAGGAGGGAAGAUCAGUGGUGCUGACCUCUCACAGCAUGGAGGAGUGUGAGGCUCUGUGUACGCGUAUGGCCAUCAUGGUAAACGGGCGGUUCCGUUGCCUUGGUAGCGUUCAGCACCUGAAGAAUCGAUUCGGCGACGGCUACACUAUCGUGCUGAGAGUGGGCGGAGCCCCAGAGGCGGGGGGCGGGGCUAGUGAGCCAAACCUGCCGCCCGUCAUGGCCUUCAUCCAAUCAGAGUUCCCCGGCGCCCACCUGAAGGAGAAACACAGGAACAUGCUGCAGUACCAGCUGCCCUCUGCCCUGAGCUCUCUGGCCUGGAUCUUCAGCACGCUGGCCAAGCACAAGCUGAGACUCAACAUAGAAGACUACUCUGUCUCACAGACCACACUGGACCAGGUGUUUGUGAACUUCGCUAAGGACCAGAGUGAUGACCCGUCGGAACACGCCAAGGACCUAUCAGUGCGCAGGAAAGAGGCUCUCAUCCAAUCCGUGGCCGGGAAAGAGAAAGAGGGCGUGGUGAACAUGGCACUGCUAAAGCCCGUCCACAAGCCUGACUCUGCCCGUGGCCACACCCCCUCACAUAGCUCCUCCCCCUCCCGCUCCACAGAGGUCAAGGACAGUAUGGUGUGACCUCGUGACCCCUAUGUGACCCCUUGUUUCCUGGCAACCAGGACUGCCAACAUUCCGCCCUUGCCCCACCCCCUCCCAAUACCCACCCUUCCUCACAUGGCCUCCAAAUCACCAUGACGAUGACCUCUGAACUUGGGGUGUCAUGGGGGGGGCACCCUGUCUCAAGGGCUGGAUGGAGGAUGGAGGACUUAAUGCAAAGCAAUGCAACCCAAAUGUGUGAGGGGGGGGUAGGGGGCACAUUCCUCCCCCCUCCCUCACCCAAACACACACACACCUGAGAAAAUGACCUCAGUGUGUGUGUUGAACUUGAAUACCUGCCAUGAUUGGAUGGAUGUGUGUGGGCAUGAGCGAGGCUGUGAAUCGGAUGUGUGUGUGUGUGUGUGUGUGUGUGUGUGUGUGUGUGUGUGUGUGUGUGUGUGUGUGUGUGUGUGUGUGUGUGUGUGUUUCGCGGCUCACUGCCACUCGCUGGCUGAAUGAUCUGGGGUGUGAGAUUGAGAUCACUACCUGAUUGUGGUGGAAUAUGUGCCUUUAUUUUAUUUAUGCUGUAAAUAAACAAAAAACAGAAAUUUAUGAACAAAAAUACUUUUACAAUUAGAGAUUUUGAGGCCCGGAGGAGGGGCGGUUAUUUCUUAUAUUGACUGACCAAUCAGGGGAGAGUAUGGGCGGGGUUUGGUGUGUGAUUGACGUGAUAGCUCUUUUUGCAAUAAAAGUGCCUGAAGAUUCUCCUAUGGGGGUCUAUUAUUCCGCUUGGCCAAGUGGAACGGAACGCUGUGGGAUCGGAAUCGGAACGUCUCCUGAAUACCUCAGCUGAUUCUAGAAUGCAAGAUUAGAAUGCCUGUACAGUAUCCCUGGCAACCAAACAGUAUGCACAAAAAAAACAGAACUACUAGUUCUAGUUCAAGAAUAGAAUAGAAUAGAGCCGUUUCAGUAUCCAAUACUAACUAUUUAUAGUCCACAGGAACUAACGCUAUAGAGUCCAAAUAUUUCAAUGUGCCUGGCAACUGGACAGACCUUUAAGAGCCUGCUUGUUCUUUUUUGCUUUUUUUGGGGGGGGACGACCAGUAGACCAGUGGUGUGACUGUACAGUGUUUGGGACGAAAGGAGAUUUGCACUGGGAAGUGUGUGUGUGUGUGUGUGUGUGUGUGUGUGUGUGUGUGUGUGUGUGUGUGUGUGUGUGUGUGUGUGUGUGUGUGUGUGUGUGUGUGUGUGUGUGUGUGUGUGUUGGGGGGGACUAAGGGUCCAGUAAUACGACUGGGCAUCCGGUUCAAGUGUGUGUGCAGUAACUACACGAGAACUCUACACAGUAAUUGAAGAACUUUUCUGCAAAUUGACAUUCUGGAACAUUCUGGGGAAUUGACAUUUUUGUACUGGGCACAGCAUUGCAUUGCUAAAUGCGUUUUACAUAGGUUUAAAAAAAGUAUGUUCUCUAAAUACUUGAAUGGUAGGAAUUCACACAGAGACGACAGGACGUCUGAACAGUCAUUUCCAAUUAUAAGAUUCACAAGUCAAAAAAAUGUGUUUAAGUCAUUUUGCAAUGGAACUCUUCAAUUAUAAUGGAGAGCUGUGCUGUAUGUUUGAGAGAGAGUAACUCUACAGGAGGAGAGAGCGGUGCGGUGUUGUAUGUAGGUGCUGUGCAGGUGCCGUGCCAGUUGGCAUCGCUGCCCUUAUGUGUCGAAAGAAACAAUAAAACUAGCACAUGUCUGGAAUAA